AUGUCACUAGCUUGGUACGACGAAGCUGUUGCACCGGAUGGGGAUUCUGAAGACGGGUGCCGCCCAGAGGAAGCUCAAGCCUUGAGGAUGUAUCUUGACGACAAGAUAGAGGUGAAGGAAGCUGCGCGGCUGAUUACGAAGCCGACCGAGUCCUCUCAAAAUCCAGGAGCUGGCCUGCCGAACCUAUGGGGUCUCUUACAGGAUGCCUUAAUCGAAUUACCAAACUCUCAAUCAAAAAUUGUUCAUCUGCUCCAGACUAUACGAGAGCUGCCCAACUUUGAUCUGGAUUUGCUUUGCAAAGAGCGUAGCGGUCCUCUUGAAAAUCCCAACAGCUCCCUCUGGCAAAAGCUUCCUUCGUUCGCAAAUCAGUGGUACGAUACCAAUUGGUGGUACUAUCAAAACCAAUGGCGAGACAAACCAAGCCUCUUUGAGUCCGUGGAUAAAGUCAAUCAAAUCGCCAAUCUGGCUCGUAGCGAAGCGCUCCUUGCACAGACCGACAUCUUAGGAGAAAUGGCUCGAUACGAAGGCCUGUCUCGACUUUGCGAUACCCUUGAAGACAGCACAGCUAUCCUCGAGAUAGAACUUUAUGCCGUGAGAGAAUGGCUGCUGAAUGCGCAAGAUCUACUUCGCGAUAUGUCACAAACUCCCCGCAUGCACUAUCUCUUAUAUUCCAAUCUUGACUUUACAGAGAAGAUUGCAAAGAAAGAGAUGCAUCCAGCUGUUAAGAACAAACGUAGUCUUUGGAAAGGACCUGGAGGCACAAGCCCUAAAAGGUGGAGCUUUUGGAAAGAGCGCUUGCAAUAUCUUGAGGGUCAUGCUAUCUUGGAUGAAGCUACUAAGAAAGUCGCAAGAGAAGCUUUAGCUGCUAUGAGAUAG